ACGUAAACAAGAAGACACACCCGGAAGUAGUAUUUUAUUAUGCUCAUUGGUGGCCUCAUACAGAGAGGCAUCGGUGCAACUAUUUCCAGGGGGGCCUUAGAAGACUGGCAGCAGAAGGCAGCAAAUAGACUUUAGAAGCAUUGGACCUGGAGUAUGUAGCUGGGGAGCGGGUCUGGGUCCUAGGGUUCUUCUUCAGCUCUCGGGGGGCUUCUCAUACAACAGGACCCAGGACUGGAAGUGCCUUCUACAGAGAGCGGCUAAUGGCUGUGAUUUGAUUGGUGGAGAGAACAGAAUGAACUGCAAAUGGAGCACGGUGCCCUUUAAGGCACAUCCGGAGGAGCUGAUCGCUUAUGAUGCCGAGCUUUACCGCCAACAUCAUGAAUACUACCCGUACCUCAGUGACAGUGAGAGCCAUGCUUCUCUCUUAGAACAUUACUGGGAGUAUCCCACCCCUCAUCUACAUGGAGAACUGGAAGGAUUCCCUGAUUCCCAGCUGACGGAACUGCAGAGUGUUCAACCUCCCCAGCUGCAGCAACUCUACAGACAUAUGGAGGAGCAGAUGCAUGUUCUGGAACCUGGGUUGCCCACGCCACACCCACACCUCAGCAUAGGCCAUCAGGUCUCCUACAUGCCUCGCGUGGGUCUGCAGUAUAUAGCUACUGGACAACCCAGUUCUGAUGAAGAGGAACAUGAGAGACGUAGCCCACCACUGGAAGUUUCAGAUGGAGAGAUGGACUCUCGAGACCCUACUUAUGGCAUGUUACAAGGAGAACCAGGAAGCAAGAAAAAGAUUCGCCUCUACCAGUUCCUUCUGGAACUGCUACAGAGCGGAGACAUGAAAGACAGUAUCUGGUGGGUUGAUAAAGAUAAAGGCACAUUCCAGUUUUCUUCUAAGCACAAAGAAGUCCUUGCCCAUCGCUGGGGCAUCCAAAAAGGCAACAGGAAGAAGAUGACUUAUCAGAAAAUGGCCAGGGCGCUGCGUAACUAUGGCAAGACCGGAGAGGUGCACAAGAUCAAGAAGAAACUGACGUACCAGUUUAGCAGGGAGGUACUACAAAAGUCUUAUAACCCAAGGAAACACCUCCAUCAUUGAGCUUGAAUUCGCAAUCUCUGUAUGGCUGGGCCUUGCCAGUACUCACAAAUCUUUAGUGCUCUCAGCAUUUUGGUACGAAAGACUCAAAAGUUUCCAUGUUUGGAACAUAGUCAAGCUGUGUAUAUUAUUGUAAUUAUUCAUGUGCGGAAAGCAGGGGGCUGUUUUUAUAAUAGUGCCUUAAACUGUAUGCUUCCUCAGGAACAGUGUGUCCCUGACCUGUAAAGCUUAUUAGACUCGGAGUCUAAAGAACUGGAUGAUAAAUGGUUUUCUUCAUAUGACAGGGAACUGGCACAGGAGCCCAAGCUGGUCUUACAAGUAAUGAGGCUCUUGGGCAGUGGUCAACACAGACUUUGUGGGGCCCCAUUUAUUUAAGUGUGUUAUACCUGUGGCCCUUUAGUAGCUGUUCAGUUAAAUAUCUUUCUUAUAAUUGUGCCUUUCUUGUUUCUCCGCUGUUAUUUGCAUUAGGCCACCGGUCCCUUACCUUUUAUCCAUACCCCCUGGGACUUCUUCCCCACUUUCUCUUUUGUUCUCCACUUCCACUUUCUCUUCUGCUUUCACUUUCUUCUCCCAGACCUUCCCUGUUUCUCCUCUGCUAGACUUUACCUUGUGCGUUGUCCAGUUGCAGGAGCUUUUUUAAUUGCUCAGAUUUGCAAAGCCAAUUACAUUUCAUGCACUUUGCAAAAGAAGUUGUAACUUUCUAUCCAAGAGUCCAUGGUAGCAGUGCAGCCUUAGCAAGUUUCCAUAGCAUUUUUUUUAUAGGUUGUGCUUUUCAUUACCCUGUAUACUCAUAGAUCUCUUCUUCUAUAGUUUAUUUUACUGCAGUCACAUCUCCAAAUAAACAUUAUUAUCCUUUAUGAAGAGGCAUCAGUCCCCACCCCUGCAGAACAUAAAAGUAAUAUCAAAAGCAAAGUUUGCUUCUCCUAAAAAGUAGGUAAACUUGCUACAGCUACCGGACACAAGAGAUGCACAUGAUAUAUUUAUAUCAGGAAUGUGUACCCAAACUAAAUAUUAUUAUCCUUUAUCAAAGUGCAGAAUAUUGGCUCUGACAUCAGUCCCCACCCCUGCGGAACUUAAGAUUAAAGUAAUAUCCUAAAAAUUAGGGGCAUUUGCUACAGGACACAAGUGUUGUCCAUAAUAUAUAUAUAUAUAUAUAUAUAUACAGUUUAUAUAUUAGGCAUGUGUACCCAAACUAAACAUUAUUAUCCUUUAUCAAAAUGCAGACUAUUGGCACUGACAUUAGUCCCCGCCCCUGCGGAACCUGAGAGUAAAGUAAUAUCUGAAGCAAAGUUUACUCCUCCUCAAAAGUAGGGGAACUUGCUACAGGACACAGAGUUGCCCAUAAUAUAUGUAUAUCAGGCAUGUGUACCCAAACUAAACAUUGUUAUCCUUUAUCAAAGUGCAGAAUAUUGGCACUGACAUUAGUCCCCACCCCUGCGGAACAUAAGAGUAAAGUAAUAUCAGAAGAAGUUUACUUAAAAGUAGGGGCAUUGUCCAUAAUAUAUGUAUAUCAGGCAUGUGUACCCAAACGAAACAUUAUUAUCCUUUAUCAAGAUGAAGAAUAUUGGCACUGACAUUAGUCCCCACCCCUGCGGAACAUGAGCAUAAAGUAAUAUUAGAAGCAAAGUUUGCUCCUCCUCAAAAGUAGGAGCAUGUGCUACAGGACACAAGAGUUACCCAUAACAUAUCUAUAUCAGGCAUGUGUACCUAAAGUAAAUAUUAUUAUCCUUUAUCAAAAUGCAGAAUAUUGGCACUGACAUUAGUCCCCGCCCCUGUGGAACAUGAGAGUAAAGUAAUAUCAGAAGCAAAGUUUGCUCCUCCUCAAAAGUAGGAGCAUGUGCUACAGGACACAAGAGUUACCCAUAACAUAUCUAUAUCAGGCAUGUGUACCUAAAGUAAAUAUUAUUAUCCUUUAUCAAAAUGCAGAAUAUUGGCACUGACAUUAGUCCCCGCCCCUGUGGAACAUGAGAGUAAAGUAAUAUCAGAUGCAAAGUUUGCUCCUCCUCAAAAGUAGGGGCAUUUGCUACAGGACACAAGAGUUACCCAUAACAUAUGUAUAUCAGGCAUGUGUACCCAAACAAAACAUUAUUAUCCUUUAUCAAAAUGCAGAAUAUUGGCACUGAGAUCAGUCUCCGCCCCUGCGGAACAUGAGAGUAAAGUAAUAUUAGAAGCAAAGUUUACUUCUUCUAAAAAGUAGGGGAACUUGCUACAGGACACAAGAGUUGCCCAUAAUAUAUGUAUAUCAGGCAUGUGUACCCAAACUAAACAUUGUUAUCCUUUAUCAAAGUGCAGAAUAUUGGCACUGACAUUAGUCCCCGCCCCUGCAGAGCAUAGGAGUAAGAGUUUGCUCCAGGUCUAUGAACACAUCAGGUGUUUGCUUACAUACUGUACAGUGAAUGCACUCAGAAGAAACACACAGCAAUCCCUUUAUGUGUAAAUGUUAUUUCCCAUAUGAGCAGCCUUUAGCUUUCUGUAUAGCUUUAUUUUUUAAUAUUGUACCAUGAAUAAGAUAAACCAGAUCUUGAAGGGAAAUGUUGCCCCUGCACCAAUGCAUUAAGCAAGUCAACUGGCUUAACAUACUGUUUUGUAUGUACAAUGUUUAAGUUAUUUUAGAUUUUUUUUUUGUAUAGAAAGGUUCACAAAAGAGAAGUUGAUGAGGCAAUUGCCGUUAUGGGCGGAGCCUACCGCACAAGCCAGCAGUAUGCACUCACCUCUUUCUUAUUGGGUUUCUUACAUCAAGCGCAUUAACAGGUAAAACUUGAAUUAUAAGAUGUUAUUUUCUAUUCAUAAAAGAUAAAUGCAUACUUUU